GUUUUGGUCUGUGACGUUGGAGAUCCUAAGCAAGCAAAGACAAGGGUUGUUGUCCUGAGAAACUAUACCUGGGGUUGGAUUAGGUGGGACCUUAGUCGUGGUUUGCGACGCGAAAGGUAUAUGUAUGAAAGCAAUGAGUUUAGACCUUACUCAGCGCCUCCCUCUUUCUUCUCUGGCUUCAGUACUCUCUUUGUCAAUCCUCGCCGAUCAAUCUCCGAAUAUCAAAUGACUCAACAGAUCACAAGUUAAUACUUGACGACCCCAUCAACAUUACGGUUUCCAGAUCCAAGUAAAAGCCUCAAUCAAGCAACGGAGCAAACUCUUAUUGCAUCCAAUUUUUUGGUCGUCUCCGACCAAACCCGCUAUUCAUACUUUUGGCAAGAAAGCUAGAGUGGCAUGCGGUCAUUACAGGUUUCCAAGACACGGCUCUUCUCCUCACUGCCAUCUAUUACUCCCCUAUCUGAUGUAGAAACCCAAUUGAGAGCUUUUUGGAAGGACCUGGAUCCUAAAAUUUCGGAGGCGCUUUCGCUUUUUCAUCAUGCCAUACAUUCCAACCGCCUGCCUCCGGGGUCAGCCUCAGCCUGCAACUUCCUUGUAGACACUCUCGCAAGGUCAAAAAAUUAUGAACUAUCAUUCUCAGUUUAUACCAAGAUGACCAAGGUUGGUAUUAUUCCAAGCUUUAUAUCAUUGAGUUGUUUAGUUUCAUAUUUUGUCAAUACGCGUAAGCUAGAAUUCGCACCCGGGGUUUUCGGCUUGGUAUUAAAGCGUGGAUUUCAGUUAAAUGAGUAUGUUAUGAAUCUUGCAUUAAAUGGUUUUUGUUCUAAUGAUGAGGUUGACAAGGCAAUUGAGUUGUUUAGUGUAAUGAGAAGACAUUUUGUAAAGCCUGGUGUUCGUAGUUAUAACAUUCUUAUAAAUGGACUUUGCAAAGCGAAAAAGUUGAAAGAAGCAGUGGAAUUGUUGGUUGAUAUGGAGGUGUCGGAUUCUGAACCGAAUGUGGUAACAUACAGCACAUUGAUUAAUGGAUUUUGUAAACAGGGUAGAGUGGAUGAGGCCAUGGGUUUCUUGGAGGAGAUGAGCCAAAAGGGUUUGGAAAUGGAUGUUUUUGUAUAUGGGGCCCUUAUAAGUGGUUUUUGUGCUAAAGGGAGUUUUGAUAGAGGAAAACAACUUUUUGAUGAGAUGUUAAACAAGGGCAUUUCUCCUAAUGUGGUUACGUAUAGUUGUUUGAUUAAUUAUCUUUCAAAGACAGGUAAGUGGAAAGAAGUCACUGUGAUGGUAAAUGAUAUGAUACAAUGUGGAGUUCCCCCUGAUGCUAUUACUUACACAGGUAUCCUUGAUGGGCUUUUCAAAAAUGGAAUGGCUACAAAAGCCAUGGCGAUAUUCAAUUUAAUGCUAUUGAAGGGUACAGAGCCUAAUAAUGUAACAUACAACGUUAUGAUUGAUGGAUUGUGCAAGGAGGGGUUGGUGGAUGAUGCUUUAAAGAUCUUAGAAAUGAUGAAAGGGAAAGGUGUAAAGCCUGAUGUAAUCACUUACAACACAUUACUAAUGGGACUAUCCUGUGAUGGGAAGGUUGAUGAGAUGAUGCAACUUUUCAGUAAGAUAACAAAUGAUGAGAACUUUGUUGAGCCAGAUGUUAUGACGUAUAACAUGCUCAUUUUGGGACUGUGCAAGGAAGGUAAUCUUGAUCAGGCUAUGGAGAUGUAUCAUACAAUGGUUGAAAGGGGCAUUUCUGGUAGCUUAUGUACUUAUAACACUUUGAUCGACAGAUGCAUACAGGAAGGAUUAGUUGACAAGGCCAUAGAAUUCUGGAGACAUGCAGUUGACUUGGGAGUUAUACCUAACUCAAUCACUUAUGGUGUCUUGAUCAAUGGAUUUUGCAAAAAUCAAAUGGUCAGGCUUGCAAAAGGACUUUUUAGUAAAAUGAGAGCUUCUGGGAUUAGUCCUACUGUAAUUGACUACAACACUUUGAUGUCAUCGUUGUGCAAGGAGGGUAGUUUGGAGCAAGCUAGGAUGUUGUUUCAAGAAAUGAGAACUGUAAAUCAUUCACCUUGUGUUGUCUCAUUUAAUACCAUAAUUGACGGACUUCUUAAAGCUGGAGAUAUUAAAUCUACUAAAGAGCUGCUAGAGGAUAUGUUCAAAUUGGGUUUAAUUCCCGAUAGAAUUACUUUCUCUACAUUAGUGAACCGGUUUUCAAAACUUGGGCUAUUGGCUGAGGCUAGAAUGUGCAUUGAGAAGAUGAUUGCUCGUGGUAUUGAACCUGAUGUCUUUGUAUUCGAUUCUUUAUUAAAAGGCUACAGUUCUAAAGGUGAAACAGAAGAAAUUGUUAAUUUGCUUCAUCAGAUGGCAGAAAAGGGUGUUGUUCUUGACAAAGAUAUCACUUCUACCAUCUUGGCGUGCCUCUGUCAAAUCUCUGAUGAUGUUGAUGUGAUGGAGGUUCUCCCUACUUUUUCCAAAGACAUAUCGAAAGGAAUAAGCAUUACCUGCAAUGAGCUAUUGAUGAAAGUCAAUAAAUUUUAUCCGGAACUAAAGUUAUGUGCUGCUUGAGAUUCUUCCUCUUGAAGCGGCCUCCCAGUGCCACAGAAGUGUGUUGCUGUCUAUGUGCUAUGCUAUGUUUCCUGAAAAUUAUUCUGACAGACAAUAAUUCUAUUUUCUUGUAUGGGGUGAAGCAUCAAAUAUUAAAUUCAUACCCGAAUGCUUAUGCUAAAUUUUCCAUAAUGUUGCUGUGCUGACUGUGUUUGCCUUUUUAUAUGGACGUUUUUAUCUGGUUAUGAGUGGAUUGGAAAUGAAGAUUCUGGAGAACUCCUCCAUACAUAACACCAAGGUUUCUGGAGAGUCUUUGGCUAUGGAGUCUGCUUUUCAACUGGGCUUGUUACCAAUGCUUCCCAUUGUGAUGGAAAUUGGUCUGGAAAAGGAGUUCCACAAUGCCUUGGGUGAUUUCAUACUCAUGCAGCUCCAGCUGGCCUCUGUUUUCUUCACAUUUCAAAUAGGAACAAAAGCACAUUAUUACAGAAGGACAAUCUUACGUGGAGGAUUAAAACCCAAAGCAACUGGCCAUAAUUAAGUUAUUCUCCAUGCAGAAUUUGCUGAUAACUACAGUUUGUACUCGCGCAGCCACUUUGGGAAACCGUUAGAACUGUUUAUUCUGCUGAUUAUGGAGUCUAUGGGGAGUCCUAUAAAAGUUCAAAUGUUUUUUUGUUCUUCACUUUCUCCAUGUGGUUUCUUGUAUUUUCGUGGUUACUUGCUCCUUUUUUGAUGGGAAGAGAACUGUAGAUGAUUGGAUGGAUUGGAAGAGGUGGAUGGGAAUUGAUGUCUGACUGGAAGAAAGUUGGGAAUCAUGGUGGGACGAAGAAAAGGAACACCCCAAACACAUGGGUAUCAGCCUAUCAGGGGAAGAAGGUAACACUUGCAGUCCACUUCUUUGUUUACCACCUGGAAUCCUGGAUAUAGCUCACCGCAACAAAGACUACUGGUUUAUGGACUUUCUUGGGCUCUUGUGGUAUCUGUCCUUUCUCAUCUUUAAGAUGGUUUCUAUGCAGAGACGAAGAUUUUACACCUACUUUCAGCUCGAGUUCAGGAUAUUGAAGUUGCUUCUUUUUCUUGGCUACAUGUCAAUCAUGAGCGUCUUGUUUGUAUUUUGUGAUCUCACUAUUUCAGAUCUAUUUGCUGCUAUGCUUGCUUUCUUUCCCACAGGGUGGGCCCCUCUUCAGAUAGGACAAGUAUGCAGCGUGAUGUUCAGGAGCCAAGGAUUCUCAGAAUCGAUAAAUGAGUUUGGAAGAGCAUACGAUUAUAUAACGGGAGUGAUAAUCUUCAUGCCCAUUGCCAUUUGUCAUGGUUCCUAUUUGUAUCAAAAUGCCAAACACGCUUGCUCUUUAACCAAGCAUCAAGUAGAGGCCUAUAAAGGUUCAAUGGUUCUUGCAGGGAGGUAGUUAGAUCACACAGCAUCAAUCUACUCCAGAGUUCCUGUCAUCUACACUUUCAUUUUCCUUGUUGUAACUUCUUAUUGUGGCAGUUGGCAUACAACUGGUUCCCUUCUUUUUUGUUUUUAAUCAAAUAAACAGCUAAUAUACAACUAGUC